UUAGGUCACUCUUUCAGCCCUUGAAUAAAAACUGCACCCAACUUCCCAGGCGCCCUCAUUGCCCAGCCGGACCCCAGCCCCUGAUAGGUUCCGUCCCGCCCGCUCGCCCCGUGUUCCGCCGGCCCCUGCCCAGCGCCCCCGACCCUCCGGCGCCCCGCGCUCGCUCACUCGGUUCGCUCGCACCAUGGACAAGUUUUGGGGGCGCUUCGCCUGGGGACUGUGCCUCCUGCAGCUGAGCCUGGCGCAGAUCGAUUUGAAUAUAACCUGCCGAUAUGCAGGUGUGUUCCACGUGGAGAAGAACGGUCGUUACAGCAUCUCCAGGACGGAGGCUCCUGACCUCUGCAAGGCUUUCAACAGCAGCCUGCCCACCAUGGACCAGAUGGAGAAAGCCCUGAGCAUUGGGUUUGAGACCUGCAGGUACGGGUUCAUAGAAGGGCAUGUGGUGAUCCCCCGUAUCCACCCCAACUCCAUCUGUGCGGCCAACAACACAGGGGUGUACAUCCUCACAUCCAACACCUCCCAGUAUGACACGUACUGCUUCAAUGCCUCAGCUCCACCCGAAGAAGAUUGUACAUCGGUCACACACUUGCCCAAUGCCUUUGAAGGACCAAUUACCAUAACCAUUGUCAACCGCGAUGGCACCCGCUACAGCCAGACAGGGGAAUACAGAACGAACCCUGAAGACAUCAACCCCAGCACCCCCGCUGACGAUGACGUGAGCAGUGGCUCCUCCAGCGAGAGGAGCACUUCAGGAGGCUACGUCUUCCACACCCUCCUUCCAACUGUGUACCCGACCCAGGACCAAGAUAGUACCGGGGUGUCUGACAACCCAGAGAAUACCCCCAUUACCAUUACCUCAACUGUGCACUCAAACAGCCAAGCAGCAGUUCAGGAGCAAAUGCAUUGGAUGUGGUCCUGGUUUGGUAACUCACAGCCUAAGACUCAGGAUCACACAGCAGCAGCAACAACAGCUUUGAUGAGCACUAGUGGUACAAGUCCCAAAACAGCAACCAAGAGGCGAGAAGCCCAGGAUUGGCUUUCAUGGUGGUUUCAACCAUCAGAGUCCAAGAAUCAUCUUCACACAACAACGAUAAUGGCUGGUACGGAUUCAAGUAUCAUCUCAGCAGGCUGGGAACCAACUGAAGAAAAUGAAGAUGAAAGAGACAAACACCCCAGUUAUUCUGGAUCAGGCAUUGAUGAUGAUGAAGAUUUUAUCUCCAGCACCAUUCCAACCACACCACGGCUUUUUAGCCACCCAAAACAGAACCAGGAUUGGACUUCGCGGAGCCCCGGUGAAUCGAAUCCAGGAGUAUUACUUCAGACUACUACAAGGAUGACUGAUGUGGACCAAAGUGGCACCAGCGCCAAUGGAGAGAACUGGCCCCGAGAACCACACUCUCCUCUCGUUCACCAUGAGCAUCACGAUAAAGAGGAGACCCAGCAUCCUGCAAGCACAACCCCAGCCCAAGACGGCCAUCUAGAUCAAAGAACGACAACGCAGAGUCAAGAGGACAGCUCCUGGACGUAUUUCUUUGACCCCAUCUCACAUCCAAUGGGACGAGGUCAUCAAACAGAAAGAUGGAUGGAUAUGGACUCCAGCCAUAGUACAACACAUCAGCCUUCUGCAGAUCCAAACACACAUUUGGUGGAAGAAUUGGACAGGACAGGACCUCUUUCAGUGACAGCUCAGCAGAGUCAGACUCAGAGCUUCUCUACCUCACAUGGAGGCUUGGAAGAAGAUAAAGACCAGCCAGUGACUUCUGCUCCAACAUCUAGCAGUAAGGAUGAUAGGACUGAUGGCAGAGGCGGAAGAAGAGGUGGACAUCUUCCUGAAGACUCAGCUACUUCAGUGGAAGGCUCUACUUCUCACUCACCAGCCACGGGGGAAUACAGGACCCUCAUCCCAGUGACCCCUGCCAACACGGGGUCCCCUGGAGUUACUGAAGUCAAUAUCGCUGUAGAUCCCAAUUCUAACGUUAUUCAUUUCUUUUCAGAAGACCAGGACUCAUCGGUUCACCACAGUGGAACGUCCCAUACCACUCAUGGAUCAGAAUCAGCUGGACACUCAAGUGGAAGUCAAGAAGGUGGGGCAAACACGACCUCAGGUCCUAUGCGGAAACCUCAAAUUCCAGAAUGGCUCAUCAUCUUGGCCUCCCUCCUGGCCUUGGCUUUGAUUCUUGCCGUUUGCAUCGCUGUCAAUAGUCGAAGAAGGUGUGGGCAGAAGAAGAAGCUGGUGAUUAAUAAUGGCAAUGGAGCGGUGGGGGACAGGAAGCCAAGCGGAAUCAAUGGAGAGGCCAGCAAGUCUCAGGAGAUGGUGCACUUGGUGAACAAGGAGCCCUCCGAGACCCCCGAUCAGUAUAUGACAGCCGACGAGACGCGGAACCUGCAGAACGUGGACAUGAAGAUUGGGGUGUAACACCCAGGCCGUGGUGACCUUGGAGAGAAAUAGCACUUGGAGACAUCACCUUAAGAAGGAGCUGGGACACUUCACAGAUGUGACGUGCUACUGAUUGUUUCAUUUGGGGAUCUUUUUUUAGUAUAAAAUUUUCUACUCCUUUUUGGUUUUUUGCAUUUUGUUUUUUAAAGUCAAGUCCAGUUUAUAAAAACAGCAUUGCUUUCUGAAAUGAGGACCCAAUUGAUAACCUGCAAGAAUUUGACUGUUCCAGUUCCCACCUAGAAGCCUCCACGCCGUAGGGCGUGCUCUGGAUGGCUUCUAACAAAAGCCACAAAUAUGUCAUCCUGAUCCCGGCCAUCCCACCACUCCUCCUCCCAGGCAGUAGCCACCUGCUAUAGACAUCCCCCAGAGCUAAGAGGGGUUGGUCCCUGGGAGGAUAUUUGAAUCAGUCCACAUCCCCGCCCCCCUCCUGCAGCCCGUCCCUGGGCAUUUCUUUCCGGUGGGCUAGGGGUCAGAAUGUACUGGUUACAAAGCCCCUUCUACAGAACCCCUGGAAAUUUUUCAUGUGCUUCUGGGAAAUACCCAAAAGGUGAAGCUAUUUAUCUGUAGGAAGCUAUUUAUCUGUAUUUUUGAAAUAUUAAACCCUGGAGGUCCUUUGAUUAGUAUGAUUUUUUUUUUGUUACUUUGUCAGAGGCAUAAAGGGUUCAAGCUGAUUCAUAAUAAACAUCUGUAUUUCUUCCACCUUAA